UUAUCAGAAAAAAGUGAGAGAGCCAGAAAAAAUUCAAUAGCGGCGUGAAAAUUUUUUAUUUGUUUAUACAUUUUUACAAUAAAUUAAUGUCAAGUAUUUAAGUAAUAAAUUGUUUAUUUACUAUUAAAUAAAAUACUUGAAGAUUAACUGCAUUUAUUCAAAAUAAAAACAUCUACAGUGCACGCUAUUUAUUAAUGAAACAACAAGAUUGAUAUCAAGAAUUAGUAAACACUUAAUGGGAGCAGCAACUGCAGCUACACAGAAAUCUAACUUUUGCGACGUCGGAACAAGAACAUAAAACAUCCAAGAGAACUGGCCCAGUCUCAACUCAGAAGCGGCGGUGUUUAGUAAAAAUACGGACGUUUAACAAAGUAUCCGUACGAUACGCUGAAAGAAAGUUUGGCAAAAGACAGGGGGAAAAGUGAAAUUGUUAAUGAACCACAAAGUUAAAUAAAUACGCGAAUUAUUUCAUCAAUACUAUCAACGGUUUUAAGCAGUGAAAAGUAAUAAAAACAGAAGCGUGUGUUAAUUUGUGGUGUUGAAGAAGGGCGUAAAGUGUUAAAUAUUAGAAAAAAUAUUUAAUUUAAAUACAAGAAAUAUUAACAGAGGUUUUUGACUGACAACCAGCUGCUAUUGAAUAUCCUCUCUUUUGAAUAUUUAGUUGUUUGACCAGUGGUGUCUGCCAGUUUAGUGAUUGUUGUUGAGUAUCAUCUUCAAUAACAUCAUUAUUAUCUCAAAAGUUAUACAAAAAGAUUUAAUUCUCAAUUUGGUACACUAACAACGUGUUGUUUACACCAAUAAACUGCUCAUCUUCAUUAAAAACAGUUUUCCAGAUAGUCUAACCGACCGACGGACAUACAUACAUACUAUCAGAACACUUUUUAAAACGAGAUGGCUCCCCCAACGGUAUUAGUAACGGGUGGUGCUGGUUACAUUGGUUCCCACACCGUUUUGGAAAUGUUAAAUGCUGGUUAUAAUGUUGUUUGUGUGGAUAAUUUGUGCAAUGCCUAUAGUUCCAGUACGGCAAAACUUCCCGAAGCUUUAAAUCGUGUCCAGGAAAUAACUGGCAAGAAAGUACAUUUCUAUCGCGUCGAUAUUACUGAUCGCGAACAAGUGCGCGCAGUUUUUCAAGAGCACAAAAUUGAUAUGGUAGCACAUUUUGCUGCCCUUAAAGCUGUUGGUGAAUCAUGUCGCAUUCCCUUGCAAUACUAUCACAACAACAUGACCGGCACAAAUGUCUUGCUUGAGGCCAUGGCCGAUAACAAUGUUUUCAAAUUUGUAUACAGUUCUAGUGCUACCGUUUAUGGAGAACCACAAUUCCUACCAGUUACAGAGGAACAUCCAACUGGCAAUUGCACUAGUCCCUAUGGUAAAACUAAAUACUUUACAGAAGAGAUUCUUAAGGAUUUAUGUAAAUCAGAUAAGCGUUGGGCAGUAGUGUCUUUGCGUUAUUUUAAUCCUGUGGGAGCACAUCCCACUGGACGCAUUGGAGAAGAUCCUAAUGGUGAACCAAAUAAUUUAAUGCCAUACAUAGCUCAGGUAGCUGUGGGUAGACGCGAUUGUCUACAAGUCUACGGUACCGAUUUCCCUACCAAAGAUGGUACUGGUGUACGUGAUUAUAUACACAUCGUUGACUUGGCUGAAGGUCAUGUUAAAGCUUUAGAUAAACUACGUAAUAUAGCAGAGACUGGUUUCUUUGCUUAUAACCUGGGAACUGGUGUAGGCUAUUCUGUACUUGAAAUGGUUCAUGCCUUUGAAAAGGCAUCUGGUCGUAAAAUAAACCAUAAACUUGUAGAAAGACGUUCGGGUGAUGUGGCCACCUGUUUUGCUGAUGCUUCUUUGGCUGCAAAGGUUUUAGGUUGGAAAGCUAGUCGCGGUAUUGAUGAAAUGUGUGCUGAUACUUGGCGCUGGCAGAGUAAUAACCCCAAUGGUUAUGCUGUAAAAUGAUUUAAAUUAUUAACAAUUGCAUUUUUAAACUUUAUUAUUUGAUAACAAAACAUUCUUCAAAACAUGUAUUUUUUUAAUGUUUAUUCAAUUAAUUUUGUGUGUGUCUGUAUGUACAGUGAUGUGUUUGUUAAUGUACAUAAGUUGUAGUAUAUCUUGCCUUGUUGUCACUAAUUCUGCUGAUGACAGAAACGAUGCUCAUCUAUGUACAGCAAAUCUACAGUACAAUACAAUAUUUUAAUCAUUGAUGUUGUGUUUGUUUUGUUUUUUUAUUUUAUUAUUAUUAUUUUUUUGCUUUAAAGUACAUAAAUUAGUCAUUGUUUAAUUAAAAUUCACACAAUAUAAAUAAUAUUUUUAUUUUAUUUAAAAGCAA